GGCAAACCUCCCCGCCCAGUUCUCACUGCGCAUGCGCGAUUCUUCAGCGCCAACGUAGAGUCCUUUUGAGUCUUUGUUAUUGGUGCAAAAUAUGAAUUAUAGGUUACAUUUUAUAUAAUAUUAAAUUUGCACACCUUCGUCGACAAGAGCUUUGGAUAAGUCCGACGUGCGUGUUUAUACAGCGCAUGCUAAUGGUGGAGUUCACCGGAAGUGCUUAUUCGCGCACGAAAAGUAAGCAUCAUUAUUGAUUUUUUUUCUUAUCACCUUUCACGGUCAGUCAACACAAUGCCAGGCUUUGAGUUGGAGCAGGUGGACGGUGGCAGUCCUAUAAACCUUCCCGAUGGAGAAACUGUUUUGGGGAGAGGACCAUUUCUUGGGGUGAAUGAUAAGAGGGUGUCCAGGAACCACUGCGUCCUGGAGAACCAAAACGGCCUACUGCGUCUGAAGCCUACACACCUGAACCCGUGCUUUAUUCAGACGAACAUUGUGGCCAGCCCUCAGCCGCUGGAGAAGGACCAGUGGCACCGCCUAAAGGAAGGGGACAUCUUCUCUCUCAUGCCCGGGAAAUACGUUUACAGAGUGCGCCUCAAAGAAGAGGAUCAAACCCUCAGAAACAGUCAGGCGUUUGAGGAGGGGAUGGAGGUGGAGAAGUGUUUGACUGGACCGGCAGAGCUCUCUAUAGACGCUGCCACACUCGAAGCCAACGGCUGCACGCCCACGAGCCCAAGCUGCACACUCGCAGGAGAUAAAGGCGCUUCAUCACACACUCUUUGCUCUUUACCCGAGGUGCACACAAAGAGCCAACACGACGAGUCUGAUCGGCCACAGAAGAAGCGUAUCUUGCCAGCCUGGAUGAUGACGUCAGCAUCCACAAGCCCGUCAACCUCCAAAGCAGUGAGAGGGACUCCUACCAAACCCAAACGAGUAGCUGCACCAAAGCGGGCAACUGGACCCAGCCGAGCUCGAGCCGCACAGCUGUCAUCUGAGGAAGAGGAGCCGGAGGAAGAGAAGCCCAAGAGAAAAACAAAGAGACUGAAGAGUGACUCUGAAGAGGAGUCGGUUCCUCUGGUAUCUCUGGAUGAUGCCGCAGCUCCCAGGACCAGUAGAGUCAGAACAGUCCCAGACGGAGAGAACAGCACCGGUUUGAUGGAGCGGGAUGAUGGAGAGACGAAAGGAGAUGAGGUCGGACGAGGAGCUCAAGCUGAAGAUCCCAGUGAUUCUCAGGCCAGCCAGGGACCCUCGCAGAGGUCAAAGAUCACGGAGGCCGAGAGCAAAACAAGCAUUAGUGAGGUGAAAAAACAGCGGCGGAUGCGGUGUGCUUACGGCAGCUCCUGCUACAGGAAAAAUCCACUCCACUUUCAGGAGUGCAGUCACCCCGGAGACAGUGACUUUGAGGAGGAGGAGGAAGAAGAGGAGGAAGAAGAAGAGGACGCUGAUGAUGACAGGCCGGAGUGUCCGUACGGUACCGACUGCUACAGGAAGAAUCCACUUCACAAGAAAGAGUACAAACACACUAAAUCACCACCUAAGACCGUAGCUGAAGAGGAUGAAGAUCACUACGAAAACAGUUUUAUUAAUGACGAGAGUGAGGAGGAAGAGGUGGAUGAAGACUCGGACUAUGUGCCCGAAUCGGACGACAGUGGAAAAGGAGAGGACUUUAAACAGCUGCAGAAAGAGGCAAAAGCCUUCCUCAGGAGGAAGAAGUGACUCGUUUGGGGUAGAUUACAUGAAAACCACUUCUUCACACUAAUCUCACAAAGACUGAGGAACAUCUGACACUGGGUUUGACAGAAUCCAUGUCCAUGGAGGCAUUUUAUUCAGUUUUA